AUGAGUAAAAACAAAAAUGUACAUGCUUUUUUGGGCCGCGCUCUGUAUGUAUUAACGGGACAUGGUGGUGCUAUUAUGGAAAUACAAUGGAGUUUAGAUGGUAGUGAACUUGCUUCAUGUGCUACUGAUAAAUUAGCUUAUAUAUGGGAUAUAACAAUAUGUCAACGUGUUAAAAAAUUAAAAGGACAUCAAUCAUUUGCUAAUUCAAUUGGUUAUUCACGUAUAGGUAAAGAUAUGAUAUGUACUGGUUCAGAUGAUCGUACUGUUAAACUUUGGGAUAGACGUAAACGUGGUGAAGUUAUGACAUUUGAUUCAGAAUAUCAAGUAUUAGCAUAUUGUUUUAAUUCAUCAUCAGAUGCAAUAUUUUCUGGUGGUAUUGAUAAUACAAUUAAAAUAUGGGAUUUACGUAAACAAGAUGUAUCUUUACGUCUUGAUGGUCAUCUUGAUAGUCCAACAGGUCUUGAAUUAAGUUAUGAUGGAUCUAAUUUAGCAUCAAAUUCAAUGGAUUCAACAAUACGUAUUUGGGAUAUACGACCAUAUUUUAAUGGUGUUGAUCGUUGUAUUAAAUUUUUACAAGGACAUCAACAUAAUUUUGAAAAAAAUCUUUUACGUGUGGCAUGGUCAUCUGAUGGAAAACGUAUAUCAUGUGGAAGUGCUGAUAAACAUGUUUAUAUUUGGGAUAUAGCAACAAAAAAAUUCUUUAUCAUGAAUAUACGUGGCCAACUCAAAAAAGAACUGAAACAAAAAGAUCCAAAUGCUCGAGCAAUUUCUGAAGAUCAAUCAUUUGCUGAAGCAGCUGUUAAUGCUCUUGAACAACGAACAUUACUUGAUAUUGAUGCAGAUCCAUGGCAUGCACGCCAUACGAAUAUUAUUUGUACAUUAGGGCCGACAUCACAAAGUGUUGAAAUCCUUACAAAAAUGAUCAAAGCCGGAAUGAAUAUAGCUCGAUUAAAUUUUUCACAUGGAACAUAUGAAUAUCAUAAAAAAAGUAUUGAGAAUGUUCGUAUAGCUGAAAAAUUAACAGGAGGAGCAGAUGAAUUUCGAUGUGUUGCCAUUGCAUUAGAUACUAAAGGUCCAGAAAUUCGAACAGGCAUUUUAGCUGAAGGUGUUAACAGUGAACUUGAUUUACAAAAUGGAGAGAUUGUUCGUAUAACAACAGAUAAAACCUAUGCAGAUAAAUCUACCAUAGAUAAUUUAUAUGUUGAUUAUGUAAAUAUAGUUCAUGUUAUUAAACCAGGAAAUCGAAUUUUUAUUGAUGAUGGCCUUCUUUCAUUACUGGUUAAAGAAGUUGGAGAUAAUUAUCUUAAAUGUGAAAUUGAGAAUGGUGGUUCAUUAGGUAGUCAUAAAGGUGUUAAUUUACCAGGUGUACCAAUUGAUUUACCUGAAACAUCAGAAAAAGAUAGACACGAUCUUGAAUUUGCUAUAGAGAAUGAUAUCGAUAUUAUUUUUGCAAGUUUUAUGCGUGAUGCUGAUGGUGUUCGUGCAAUUCGAAAUAUUCUUGGUGAAAAAGGAAAAGAUAUUAAAAUAAUUGCAAAAAUUGAAAAUCAACAAGGAAUUCACAAUUUUGAUUCAAUUCUUAAAGAAGCUGAUGGUAUUAUGGUUGCACGUGGUGAUAUGGGUAUUGAAAUUCCUCCACAAAAAGUUUUUGUUGCACAAAAAAUGAUGAUUGCUAAAUGUAAUCUAGCUGGUAAACCGGUUAUUUGUGCUACUCAAAUGCUAGAAAGUAUGACAAAAAAUCCCCGUCCAACUCGUGCUGAAGUCAGUGAUGUAGCCAAUGCAGUUUUGGAUAAUGCUGAUUGCAUUAUGUUAUCGGGUGAAACAGCAAAAGGCAACUAUCCUAUACAAUGUAUUCAAUUAAUGCAUGAGAUUGCUCGAGAAGCUGAAGCUUGUUUAUAUCAUCGAGAACUUUUUGAAAAUCUUAGUUAUUUGACUAAACCACCAUUGGAUCAAAUGCAAUCAGCAGCUAUUGCUGCUGUUGAAGCAGCUUAUAAAAGUUAUGCGUCACUUAUUGUUGUACUAACACAUUCAGGACGGUAAGAAUAACAAACUUUUUUUGCUUUCAAAUUUGGAGUAAUAAUGAUAAGUUUGCGUUUUUCAUUGUGUGACCUCGAAAAAUUGUACGAAAAGUUCGGAUUUAUUUUUAUUUAACUCGUUCUUUAUGACAUUGGUUUGAGUUCAAGUGAGUGCGAAAUCAUUAUCUGUUAAAAACUUUAGCAAACUGAUCGUUCUAUAAAACUUCAUCGAGAAUGAUUACAUAUGGUAGUAAACAUAUGCCCACCAGAAGAAGAAUAAAUUUAUUGCACUUAUAUUUGAUUUCUUGUGAAAAUGUACACAUGGAUUGCUGUUUUAAAAGUAGGUCAUAAAUAAAUAGGAGCUAUCCAUAAAGAACACUCAGAAAUGAGGAGAAGAGGACAGAGCAUGUUCAAGAUUGUGUCAGCUCACUUUUGGACGUCUCCUAUUGAGAAGGUUGUGAGCACCAUCCCUGUAGUUUCUACAUCCUUUUACUUGCCUAGUUCUUCAGAAAUGUAAUAGAAAGUUUGUGGGAGAAAAGGGAUGAUUCCGAUGUCUACUUGUAUACUUCAACAUCCCUUUUAGAUCGUAUUUUAGAAACAAGUAGAAAAUUAUUUAGAAGAAAAGAACCAAUUGCUCCAAAUGAUCCGUUUGUUCAAUCCGCUACCGGAGCAUAGUUCGCAUUCAGACAGACAUUAGCUGAGAAAAACGAAAGUAACCAUUUUAACUAUUCAAAUAGUAUUAAAUAGACUUAUUCUCAAUAGAACGAACGAACACCUCUUAGCACCAAUCUGAAUCUGCUUACACUCAUUAGAGGUAAUUCGGAUCAAAAAUUAGAAAAUUGGUUUUGUUCUUAUUCGCUCUCAAUCAUUGUAGAUCGUAACAAGGUGAUUUUUGGAGUACAACUAGAACAAUCUGUCCUCUUUCUAAUGCUAAAAGAAUUUUUUUAAAUCUCCUACUGGAAAAAAGUUAUAGUUAAAAUGGUAAAAGACUACUCGUGCUGAUCCGAAUUACCCCAAAUGGGGUAAUUCGGAUCACUCCAGCAAAAAUGUAUAGAACAAGUUUUCCCAUCUCAUAACUCAUUUUUUAUCCAUUAGUAUAUGGAAAAAAAUGAUAUCGUUGGAUAGCCCAAGGUGUCUUCUAUGGGACCUGAAAAUAUCUCAAUGAAUGAGCGAACUGUUGUAAUAUAGUAUUUACAACACUGACACCUCUAUUAACCAGUUCUUUUAAGGGAAAAAGGAAUUCAGGGUAAUUCAGAUCACCUAAGCAAAACUUGUCGGGGUAAUUCGGAUCACUCCAGCUAAAAUAGCUGGAGACCACUUUUGAAACCUCUGUCACUUCUACAGUGCAAAUUCGACUAGUACUUCUCAAGGAAAAGUUGUUCAUCUCAUUGUCCUCUAUCUAUACGUGUAAAAUAAGAUGAUCUUCAUUAGAAACAAUUAACUAUUUUUCUAAAUAAUCGAAUGGCCCAAAAAAAGUAAUUUUUUUUAACAUACCCCACUCUCUUUCUCAAAUUGCUUCACACCUAAAUAGAUCGUAAGAAAAAAAAAUUGGUGUUUCAGAUGCAGAAAUGUUUGCGCUACAAAAUGGUAUGAAAGAAAAAAAUAUUGAUGACUCAUACUAUUGAGUUAUACUGCCAUUAAUCAUAGGACAAUAUAUUAUUGUAUAGUAAAAUUUUCAUUUUAUUCAAGUUUUAAUCUAAAUGAUAUAAUAAAUCGCUACAAAUUAAUUUAUACAGAAUACAAAUAUGGUUUAUUGGUCAUCUUUAACUAUAAAAUAGAUUAAAACAUACUGAUCUAAUGAAUUAAAAUAAAAAGAAAACAUUCGAAGCAUACAAUCUGUAGGGUGUGGGUGUGGAUCCUUAAGAGAAAAAUUCACACGUCCACAUCCGCAACCUCAUUCUUCGAUUUCCAUUAAUAAAUCGUCAUUAGCAAGUCAACAUAGUACCUUUGCUUGAUUUACGUUAUAGCAUAUGGCCUUAUUCUGAACACAUUUUUAUCUUUUGUAAAUUUGCUGCUCCUCAACCUAUCUCAUGCUUGUUGUCUUUUCCUAAACCUACUCUUCAUUCAUUUCAAAGAAGCGCUGAUUACUCAUCACAAGCUAGUGAUAGCUUAUCAAAUAUCUGUCAACCCUUACAUAAUUGAGCUGCUUGAACAAUAGUUUUUCUUCCAAUCAAAUAACAAGAUACUUUCUAGAAUAAUGCUCUUAAAAAUACCAACUUCUCCAUAAUCAUCGAAUAGCUGCACCCAAUAGCGUACGAUCUUUAAAUAUUCUAUUAAAUGUAGCUCUUCACAUGGAAUAUUUUACACCAGCUGUCUAAAUCGGAAAAAUUCAAACUAUAUUUAUUUCUAUUAUUUAAAUGUAUUUUGCUUGUUUUUUACGAAAACUCAACGUAUACUUUAUACGCAGUGUGUUUUCUUUUAUUUUAAUUCAUUAGAUCAGUAUGUUUUAAUCUAUUUUAUAGUUAAAGAUGACCAAUAAACCAUAUUUGUAUUCUGUAUAAAUUAAUUUGUAGCG